ACUUGAGCUUGUGGUGUUCUUUUAUAAAAUAAUCAGUUAAAAAUUUUCUUUAGCAGCUGUGGCAUAGGAAGUACAAAAAUCUUAAGAUAUUGUUAUAAUUACUUGUACAUCACUAAUCUUAGAAAAGCAAAUGCUUUUGGAAUGUAUACAGUUACAACCACAUAUGCAUGUCCCUUCCCAGCACUUUUAUAAGACUUCCCUUGGCAGAGAGAAAUCACCCUCAUUUCACAGUCACACCUUUCUUCCCUAUCACACCUUAUUCAUGUCAUCGCUUUUUGGCUGUACGAACAUUUGUGAACAACUGUUUUCAAGAAUGAAACACACAGAGAAUAAAAAUUAGAUCAAAAAUGUAUGGCAAGCACUUGAGAAGGCCUUGGGAAUUGCAGCCACUUCUACUGACCCAGACAUCAAUGCAUUUGUUUCACAAACACGAGGUCAAAAAUCUUCAUGUUGUUUAUGUUACCCUUUUUAACAUGCUAUAAUAAAAAUAGUAAAAAUAAAGGAAAUCUGGUUACAUAUGCCCAUUAAAUACAUAUUUUACAUGCACUCCAUGACAGCUCUUCCUCACUUGGUGAGGCCCACACAAGCCUGAAGGUUGGGCACUCCUGCUCUGAAGUGAGGAAUCCUGCCCUGCUCAGGAGCCAGGGCCUAAGGUACCCACUCUGCAGCGCUCACAUUCCUCAGGCAUCUGUGUGGCCUGGGCUAGGCUGUAGUUUCUGUCCUCCAAGGCAGUCCAGUUCUGGUUCCCCAUGUGUGUAUGUGCUUACAUCUUUUACCUGGAGAGAAGCCACAUGGUGAUCCAUUUUUCUCUGGCCCGUCAGAUUGCCCAGAAAGCAGCUGUCCCUAUUGAAGGUGAUGUGAGAACUCUUGGAUUGCCCAGAAAGCAGCUGUCCCUACUGAAAGUGAUGUGAGAACUCUUGGAUUGCCCACCUCUAGCAGUCACCAGCCCCCCUUUUUUGAGACACAUUCUCACUAAAUUGCCCAGGCUGGUGUCAGACUUGCAUCCCUCUUGCCUCAGCCUCCCAAGUAGUUGAGAUUGCACAUGUAUGCCACUAUGUCUAGCUCAUAUAAUACUGCGGAGAUUUUUAAAGUAUGUAUUUGUGGUGUUGGGGAUUGAACCUGGGUCCCUAUGAAUUCUAGGAAAGUGUUCGAAAACUGAGCUACCCUCCAGCCUUAAGUUCAACCUCCUAAUAAUUGUACACUGACAAAUUCCAACAUGAGUUUUGAAGGGGACAUUCAAUCCAUAGGUGCCUGGUUGGUUGAUUGCGUGGUUUGUUGUUCUGAGACAGACUACUUCCUGCUUCUGGAAGUUCCAGGAUGUAGUGUCACCAUCAUCUUGGCUCCAGUGAGAAGCUCACAGUGGAUGUGGUCACACUGGCAAGCGUCUGUGCAGGAGCAAGCGGUGAUAUCACCAGACAGGAAGCCAUUAAGGUUAUCUGGGGCCCACAGGACAAAGUCCUGGAGAGACAGCACAGGGUUCCAUGUGUCCUCUUCCGAUACAGACAGCGCCUAACUCCCAGCAUGAUGUGUGAAAACAGGGAUGGAGUAUGUCCAGUCAAAGUGCCAACCCCCGCGAUGUCCACAGAUUAUAUUGGCAUUUGGUCUUACAGGCGCAGAGCACCACUGUGGCUGACAGUAGUUACUGAGCCUUCAGCACCCCUAGAGGUCAAAAUGACCCAUCUAGACCCAGAGCCCCAACCAGAUAUCACAGCGCUAGCAUGACCUACUUGAUGACCUAUCUGGCAUGGACUGACGCUCAAAUACAAAGACUAUUAUGAGGCAGGACAAUCCUAGGACAUGCAGGAUGUCUCCUGGGAGCUGGGCACAGUCCGAGUAAUGCUUUGUGAGGUACAGGAUUUGCAUCCCAAUUGCUGAGUUUGUCCUUUAGUGUUCAUGGGCUCAGUUAGCCUGGAUGCCCACACUUCAGGUACCACUGAGCCCACCCCACGCUAGAGGCCGGGUGUUGGGGCCCAUGAGGGAGCCACUUCCCUGAGCCUCUCAGUCCCCUGAGAGCAUCAUUGGUGCCCUGCCCCAGCCCCUCAGGAAUGCAGGGUCCAGCCCUGCCAGUGUGGAGCUGAGCUUCAUGCCAGGAUGGAGCUAAAGAAGGACACUUGUGUGGGCACCAACCCAGGGUGACAUCCUCCAAAUGACUGACUCGAUGGGGCAGGUCCCAUAGCAUUGGGCCGGCACAGGAAAUGAGGUCUGUGGGCUACAGUCCUGCCCUAGGGAGAGGAGUCAGCCUUGGGCCAUGGAGUGGGCAGCAGGUACCCAAGGCCUUGAUUCUAGACCUGCUUUGCCACUGUACUUUGUGACUGGUGUGUUCUCUGACCUUAGGUCCCUUGAGUGGUACCAGCCUCCAAGUGUCCAGAGGAGCCAGUGGUCUCCAUGGGGCUGCUGACCGGGGAUGCAUUGUUGCCUGUGGCCAUGGCCAUGGCCGUCUUCCUGCUCCUGGUGGACCUGAUGUACCGGCGGCAGCGCUGGGCUGCUCGCUACCCGCCAGGCCCCAUGCCCUGGCCCGGGCUGGGCAACCUGCUGCAGCUGGACUUCCGGAAUAUGCUGGAGUGCUGCCGAAAGCUGCGAGGCCGCUUUGGUGACGUGUUCAGCCUGCAGCUGGUCUGGAAGCCCGUGGUCGUUCUCAAUGGGCUGGCGGCCGUGCGCGAGGCACUGGUGAGCCACAGCGAGGACACCGCUGACCGGCCUCCGAUGCCCAUCUAUGAACACCUAGGCAUCGGGCAGCGCUCUCAGGGGGUGAUCCUGGCACACUACGGGCCCACCUGGCGUGAGCUGCGGCGCUUCUCCGUGUCCACCCUGCGCAACUUCGGCCUGGGCAAGAAGUCGCUGGAGCAGUGGGUGACCGAGGAGGCCACUUGCCUCUGUGCCGCCUUUGCUGCCCACGACGGACACCCCUUUAGCCCCAACGCCCUCCUGAACAAAGCGGUGUGCAACGUGAUCUCCUCCCUCGUCUAUGGGCGCCGCUUCGAGUACGAGGACCCGCUCUUGGGCAGGCUUCUGGGGCUGCUGGAGGACACCGUGAAGGAAGACUCUGGCAUCGUGCCCCAGGUGCUGAAUGCAGUCCCCAUCCUCCUGCGCAUCCCAGGGCUGCCAGGCAAGGUCUUCCCCAAACAGAAGGCCUUCAUGGAUCUGCUGGAUGAGCUGCUGACUGAGCACAGGUCAACCUGGGACCCAGCCCAGCCACCCCGAGACCUGACUGACACCUUCCUGGCCGAGGUGGAGAAGGCCAAGGGGAGCCCUGAGAGCAGCUUCAGUGAUGAAAACCUGCGCCUGGUUGUGGCUGACCUGUUCUCGGCAGGGAUGGUGACCACGUCGACCACGCUGGCCUGGGCCCUGCUGCUCAUGAUCCUGCACCCGGAUGUGCAGCGCCAUGUCCAGCAGGAGAUCGAUGAAGUGAUAGGCCAGGGGCGGCGCCCAGAGAUGGGGGACCAGGCCCGCAUGCCCUUCACCAACGCCGUGAUUCACGAGGUGCAGCGCUUUGCGGACAUCGCUCCAUUGGGUUUUCCUCACAUGACCUCCCGUGACACUGAGGUGCAGGGCUUCCUCAUCCCCAAGGGGACCACGCUCAUCCCCAACCUGUCGUCCGUGCUGAAGGACGAGACCGUCUGGGAGAAGCCCCUCCAAUUCUACCCUGGACACUUCCUGGACAGCGAGGGCCGCUUUGUGAAGCAGGAGGCCUUCAUGCCCUUCUCAGCAGGUCGCCGCACAUGCCUCGGGGAGCCUCUGGCUCGCAUGGAGCUCUUCCUCUUCUUCACCUGCCUGCUGCAGCGCUUCAGCUUCUCGGUGCCCGAGGGGCAGCCCCGGCCCAGCGACUAUGCGCCCUUUGGUGCCCUGGUGAGCCCAUCUCCCUACCAGCUCUGCACACAGCACCGCUAGAGCAGGCAGCAAGGCCCGGCUCACGCCCACCUGUGACCUGAACAUACAGUGAGCCCUUUCUCCAGCUUCACCCUGGCUACUGGAGGAUCCCCAGACUGUCGAGAGGCCUCAGCAGCACCCCCAGGGACAUCCACUCCCUGCUUCAUCAAUUCUUUACUGAAAAAACAAAGGUAAAACUCAUCUCUUUUCCAGGUUAAGACUUGUAACUUCAUGACUGCAGUCAUACAUUUAAAAGCGUUUCUAAACAAAGGGGGAAGAGGGUAAAUAGUCAAUUAAAAAUAAAAUCUGCUAUGCUAACUCUAAAAAAAGCACUGACAGUUGAAAAAUUACCCCUGUAAUUUAAUUAUUUGCUUUAAAAAAAAAAAAUCCCAUAUGUUGUUUACAGAGCAAACAAGACAAAGAUUAGGCACUGGCCAGAGUAGUUUAUAAACUCCAGUCCUGGGGGAGAACCAGGCUUCGGUAUCAGUGACUGUGUAAACACUCUGAGCGCAGCAGUCUGUCUAUUGGGCUGGUCCCUCAUUCUUAUAAGAUCAAAAAAUUGAAACAGUAGGUCUCACUCUCGCUGGUCCAGCACUCGGCCUGGGCUGCCCACUGCACAGGACCUCCGUAGAAGAGUCUGAUUCCUUGCGUUACCUGACUGCUGGGUCCCGAGGGAGGGUGAGGUUGGCUCACAUUUCUCCACCCCGCCGCACACACUGGGUCCACUUCAGCCCAUGAGGGAGCCCACACAGGUUCCAGCAUCUGAGAGAAGGGCUCUGUGUGGCCUCUGAGCAGGCUUGGGGUGCCUGGGUGGGAGGGGGACAGCAGGACUCCAGGUGGAGGCCCUUUUUUCAGCUCCAACCUCACCCGCAACACAGCCGGAGCUGGUGCUUAGCCCAGCAGCACAUCUGUAACCUAACUUCUCCCCAAAGAUGUGGAGAAAUCAGGAAGGCAGGGGUGAGGUUUCAGGACUGACAUGGGGGCUGCGUCAUCUGAUGCCAGAAGUUUCAUGGGAAGGCCUGGAGGGAGCCCCUGUAGCAGAAAAUGCCCCUAUACCCUAGCCAGUAACUUCAGUUUGUUAGUUGCCCAGGUAAUAGUUCCUGUUACUGUGCUGGUGGCUCCUGUCUCUUAGCAACGGCUGGUCACUAUGAUACACAUUGUGUAAACCAUCCCCAACUGACAAGCCAUUUUGCCUCUGUACUUCCUGCUUGCU